GUCUCCAGGCUUGACAGCGUUUUGGGCAGCUUCGCGACGUACGCACGACUGAAGGGCCGCUAUGAUGAUGACUGGAUAGACCGCCUGAACCACCUGUACACCACCAUCAUCCUCAUCAUCUUCACCAUAGUGGUCAGCACCAAGCAGUACGUGGGCGAGCCGAUCCAUUGCUGGUGUCCCGCACAAUUUGAAGAAAGUCACGUGAGUAGCGCCAUAGUGGUUUUUUUUUUACUUUUUUUUUUUUUGUGUGUGUUUUAAAAUAACCCUUUAAAAGCUGUUAUGGGAUAAUGGCUGUCAAAUCUAACUUCAUUCAUUUCAAUUUCUUUGUAACUUGAGGUUAUUUAUCUAGCUCAUUUUUUUCUUAUAGUUCGUUUACUAGAAGGCAAAUGAAACUGUAAACUACAUUAAUUAAAGAGAAUGAAACUGUAAACUACAUUAAUUAAAGAGAAUGAAACUGUAAAGUACAUUAUUUAAAGAAAAGUAAACUGUAAAUUACGUUAUUUAAAGAAAAUGAAAAUAUAAAUUACGUCCUUUAAAGAAAAUGGAACUGUAAGUUAAGUUAUUUAAAGAAAAUUAAACUGUAAAUGACGUUUUUUUAAAGAAAAUGAUACUGUAAAUGACGUUAUUUAAAAGAAAUGACAAGUGCCUUUGUUUGAAAUGGUUCAUUUUGGCCAUUGUGGAAUUUCUCUAACAAUAUUUCAAACAUAAAAACUAAACGCUAGUGCUCAACUUUGUCUUGAACCUAAACAUGUAGAUCAUACAUGCAGUAAUACCCAUUGCAACAUGUAGAUCAUACAUGCAGUAAUACCCAUUGCAACAUGUCGAUCAUACAUGCAGUAAUACCCAUUGCAACAUGUAGAUCAUACAUGCAGUAAUACCCAUUGCAACAUGUAGAUCAUACAUGCAGUAAUACCCAUUGCAACAUGUAGAUCAUACAUGCAGUAAUACCCAUUGCAACAUGUAGAUCAUACAUGCAGUAAUACCCAUUGCAACAUGUAGAUCAUACAUGCAGUAAUACCCAUUGCAACAUGUAGAUCAUACAUGCAGUAAUACCCAUUGCAACAUGUAGAUCAUACAUGCAGUAAUACCCAUUGCAACAUGUAGAUCAUACAUGCAGUAAUACCCAUUGCAACAUGUAGAUCAUACAUGCAGUAAUACCCAUUGCAAUCAUUUUGUUUUAAACGGCCUUACUCCUCGUUCAAGAAAAAUAUUUCAAAGUUAAUCUUUUAAAUGUUCUAUCAAUGCCUAUGAUAAGUGUUCAUGUCAUUUAUUAUUAGCAUGAUUAGACUUUUCAUUGAGUUUAUUUGUUCUCAAACUAUACAGACUAAUACCCCGACAGCAACACACAUGCCCCACCUAAACACAUACCCCCUCCACCCCCUUUUUUAGACUUCCUUUCUUUCUCAUUUUCAACGACAACAACAAAACUAAUCAACAAUCUCAAUAUGAUAUAUGUCACAUGUAUAAAAAAUCAUUGAAUAUUCCAAUUCAGAAUUUCACAUAUAAUCUCUAAACACUUCCUCAUACGACGUGAUUCAUCAGUUAAAAUACCUGCUUCCAAUGUCGUCAUUGGAAUACCUAAUGUAUAGGUCUCGAAACACUUUCUUGACACAUAAGUGCUACAACAUGGUUAUUUGAAUGAAAGGUCUUGUAACAUUACCUCCACAACUGACCUUCUAGUCGACAGACAUAUGACAGACUCUUGUCAUUAAUAACAUCAGACAUCAACAGUCAUUGAUGGCGUCAAAUACAUCUCCAAUCUUUGCCACCAAUCAUUGAAAAUUUCCCAUCACUAAUCGGUGUUAAGGAAUGGUUAAAAUUGUAAAUCUGGGCACUUAAUGUCAACUUCUCAAGAUUCCUUCCUACCAUCCUACCAUCCUACCAUCCUACUAUCCUUCUCUAACCAUCCCCACCAUUCACUAUAGAGGCCUACGUUUUAGGAUUUAAAGGACCCCCAGUUUCUGGACUCUGACAUAUGACGUCAAAGACCUACCUCCUGGCGCUGGACUCUGACAUGACGUUUCCAAUUUCUGGUUAAAUAUAAACAAACAUUAAAAGAUUUAAACUAUCAAGACACACAUCUCUGAUUACUCUCAAGUCUUAAGUCCAACUUCACACAACUAACGCAAACCCAUCUACGCAGUCCUGUCACCAAACAUUUCCACUUCAGAGUGACCAUGCCCACCUUUGACCAAACAUUCCCAACCAAAAGUGACCAUGCCCACAUUUGACCAAACAUUCCCUCCCAAGAGUGACCAUGCCCACAUUUGACCAAACAUUCCCAACCAAGAGUGACGAUGCCCAGCUUUGACCAAACAUUCCCAACCAAGAGUGACCAUGCCCACAUUUGACCAAACAUUCCCAACCAAGAGUGAUCAUGCCCACAUUUGACCAAACAUUCCCAACCAAGAGUGACCAUGCCCACAUUUGACCAAACAUUCCCAACCAAGAGUGACCAUGCCCACCUUUGACCAAACAUUCCCAACCAAGAGUGACCAUGCCCACCUUUGACCAAACAUUCCCAACCAAGAGUGACCAUGCCCACCUUUGACCAAACAUUCCCACCACCUAGUAAGUUCCCCCACAUAUUCUGACCAAUGAGUAACCCAGCCCGCCACCAUCAACAGCACUAAUCACAUGACCAUCCCCCACCCACCGCUUGCCUGGUCCAUCAACAGGUGGACUACACCAACAACGUUUGCUGGGUGUCCAACACGUUUUUCGUCCAUUUCAAGGACCAACCUCCGCGCUACACGGACCUCAAUAGCGAUAUGGAGAUCCAGUACUACCAAUGGGUGCCGCUGAUCCUUCUGUUCCAGGCAUUGCUCUUCAAGGUAGCCGUCCUGGGGCAGUACUCACCUGGCAGCGUCUCAGGCUGUCACGUGAUCUUAUAACAGACGCUAAUCUGCCGGAUAUUUUUUUUUGGUGCUCCAAAUUAAAGAUUGGCCAGAUUUCUGUCCUAAAUGUACAAGGUUUCAUGCCAGUGGUUGCCGUUAAUCCAGAGUUUCUAUUUUUAAUUCUCCACCGCGAAGUUGCAUUUUGGUAUAAUCGGUCAAACGAAUACGAUACCGAUGACUGUAAGCCGUCCUAGAAAUAUCGUUGUGGGGAAAGUAAUGCAUGCUCUAGAUACUUAAGAGUAGUCAGUCUCUCUGUUCAUUUCAAAACCCCGUAUGUAGACUAAACGUAUUGUUCUAUUUCUACCCUGCCUGCAUUGGUGUGUAGAUGAAGAGGAUUUCAGUUAACAUGGGUGAUAAGCCAGUUCUUUGUUUUGAUGCGAUCCACACGAAAUCGGCUUCUUUCUAUUUUCAGAUGUUCCCUAUAAAUAAUCUCUGUGUCUCCCUACGUUAGACUUUAAAUCACAUCCUAUAGACUUGGUCUUGUUUUUUUAGUGGUAGAAAAUAAACAACAGAAAAUCACAUUUACACUAUCCCCCAUGGAAACCUUUUCACAUCACUUCGAAAUAUUUAAUGAAGAAAUUCUCACACAUCAGUAAAGGACUUCUCAAAUGAAAUGAUUUCUUUGAACUAUUUCCUUUUAUGCAUCACGUCUGUAACAGUCGGUCAUUUUUAAAGGUCACAUUGCGUCACACUGACCUCAACCUUCACCCUCUUGGGAACGUUAUAAAGUGAAUCUGUGGGAUGAAAAUAUUGAAACAUAAUGAUCCCUCGCAUUCAUCACACAUGAUGUACUCGAGACAAAAGUGUCAUCACAUUCAACACACAUGAUGUAUUCGAGACAAACGUGUCAUCACAUUCAUCACACAUGAUGUACUCGAGGCAAAAGUGUCAUCACAUUCAACACACAUGAUGUACUCGAGACAAAAGUGUCAUCACAUUCAACACACAUGAUGUACUCGAGACAAAAGUGUCAUCACAUUCAACACACAUGAUGUACUCGAGACAAAAGUGUCAUCACAUUCAACACACAUGAUGUACUCGAGACAAAAGUGUCAUCACAUUCAACACACAUGAUGUACUCGAGACAAAAGUGUCAUCACAUUCAACACACAUGAUGUACUCGAGACAAAAGUGUCAUCACAUUCAACACACAUGAUGUACUCGAGACAAAAGUGUCAUCACAUUCAACACACAUGAUGUACUCGAGACAAAAGUGUCAUCACAUUCAACACACAUGAUGUACUCGAGACAAAAGUGUCAUCACAUUCAACACACAUGAUGUACUCGAGACAAAAGUGUCAUCACAUUCAACACACAUGAUGUACUCGAGACAAAAGUGUCAUCACAUUCAACACACAUGAUGUACUCGAGACAAAAGUGUCAUCACAUUCAACACACAUGAUGUACUCGAGACAAAAGUGUCAUCACAUUCAACACACAUGAUGUACUCGAGACAAAAGUGUCAUCACAUUCAACACACAUGAUGUACUCGAGACAAAAGUGUCGUCACAUUCAACACACAUGAUGUACUCGAGACAAAAGUGUCGUCACAUUCAACACACAUGAUGUACUCGAGACAAAAGUGUCACCAGUGCUAUUGGACACUUUUCUACACCACAUAGUGCUUGAUCAGUACACGUAAGCUAUGACUAGCCCACACAAACUAUGACUAGAUCACACAACCAAUGACUAGCCCACACAACCUAUGACUGUCCCACACAAACAAUGACUAGCCCACACAACCUAUGACUCGCCCACACAACCUAUGACUAGCCCAAACAACCUAUUACUAGCCCACACAAACUAGCCCACUUAACCAAUGACUAGCCCACACAUCCUAUGACUAGCCCACACAACCUAUGACUAGCUCAAACAACUUAUUACUAGCCCACACAACCAAUGACUAGCCCAUACAACCUAUGAAUAGCCCAAACAACUUAUUACUAGCCGACACAACCUAUGGCUAGCCCACACAACCUAUGACUAGCCCAAACAACCUAUGACUAGGUCACACAACAAAUGACUAGCCCACACAACAUAUGACUAUCCCACACAACCUAUGACUAGCCCACACAACCUAUGACUAACCUUCACAAACUAUGGCUAGCCCAAACAACUUAUUACUAGCCCACACAAACAAUGACUAGGCCACACAACCUAUGACAAGCCCACACAACCAAUGACUAGCCCACACAACCAAUGACUAGCCCACACAACCAAUGACUAGCCCACACAACCUAUGACUAGCCCACACAACCUAUGACUACCCCACACAACCAAUGACACAACCUAUGACUAGCCCACACAACCUAUGACUAGCCCACACAACCUAUGACUAGCCCACACAACCUAUGACUAGCCCACACAACCUAUGACUAGCCCACACAACCUAUGACUAGCCCACACAACCAAUGACUACCCCACACAACCUAUGACUAGCCCACACAACAUAUGACUAACCUUCACAAACUAUGGCUAGCCCAAACAACUUAUUACUAGCCCACACAAACAAUGACUAGGCCACACAACCUAUGACUAGCCCAAACAAUUUAUUACUAGCUGACACAACCUAUGACUAGCCCACACAACCUAUGACUAGGCCACACAAACUAUGACUAGCCCACACAACCUAAUGACUAGCCCACACAACCCAUGACUAGCCGACACAACCUAUGACUAGCCCACAAACCUAUGACUAGGCCACACAACAAAUGACAAGCCCACAUAUUCUAUGACGUUCACACAUAGAGCGAAUGAAAAGCCCACAUAUUCUAUGAUCAGCCUACACAUCCUAUGACCACACUGUCGAUGACUAGCCAACACCAUAACAGGCCCACACAACCUAUGACCGGCCCACACAACCUAUGACCAGACCACACAACCCAUGACCGGCCCACACAACCCAUCACUGGCCCACAUGGCCUGAUUGCUGACCAUGAUUCUCAUCAGGUUGACUAUACCAACAACGUGUGCUGGGUAGCAAAUACUCACUACGUGCCGUUUGACGCCGCGCCACCCAGGGCGCCCGAGCGACCACUGACAGGCGAGGUGGAAUAUUAUCAGUGGGUCCCUAUGAUACUACUUUUCCAGGCUCUACUCUUCAAGGUAACAACAGAUGCCUUAACGCAGCUUUCUGUGUUUGAGUUUAUCCCUCAGUAGCCAGCGUCCAGCAGUGUGGAGCUCUUUGCCUAACCCAGACAUCAUGUACUAGUUUAAUAGCGUCUUGGUGGAAAACUGUAGGACUUUUGCCAGUCUUGGGUAAAUUUCUUUACAAUAUGCCUAGAAACCAGAUAUUUUUAAAGUAAAUGUAGAUAUAGAUUACAAUAUAGAACGAUGUACAUACCUUUCCAGUAGGGCAAGAACUUAGUAAAUAUCAUUAAAGUGAAUAUAUUUUAAUAAAACUAAAUUCAUUUGAAUAAAAUUUCAUCCCAUUUUUACACCAACAGUAAGUACAGUAAGUUCUCUCUAGAUGACAUUUCAAUUCAUUGUAAAUAACUGUGGAAAAUCAAAUAGAUCUAUAAAAAUAAAAAUAAGUAAAUGUUAUUAAUGAUGAAAUCCCUGGUGGUAUAUUACUGCUCAGAAUAAUAUAAUUGUGAAAGGGCGUUGCCAGUUGUGUAGAAUGUAGAGACAUAUAAGAAAAUAAAACUCAAUUGGUAACAUGGUGGAGACAAUUGCUGGAGUUUGAAGCGGCAGUAGAGAAAAGCAUUGGCAAUACGCUCUAAACAAAUGUGCUUACAAAAUGCAUUAAUCCCUCACUCCCUUUGCAUCACUUUCUCUUUUGUAAUUAUUGUUUGUGUUGGUUUGUUGGCGACGUUUGGUCGUGUGCUCAUAUCUUCACCACUCUGGCAUGAAACAUUCCUCCCCCUCUUCCACGUUCAUAUCUUCACCACUCUUGCAUGAAACAUUCCUUCACCUCCUCCACGUUCAUAUCUUCACCACUCUUGCAUGAAACAUUCCUCCUCCUCCUCCACGUUCAUAUCUUCACCACUCUGGCAUGAAACAUUCUUCCUUCUCCUCAACGUUCAUAUCUUCACUACUCGUGCAUGAAACAUUCCUCCUCCUCCACGUUCAUAUCUUCACCACUCUUGCAUGAAACAUUCCUCCUCCUCCUCCACGUUCAUAUCUUCACCACUCUGGCAUGAAACAUUCUUCCUUCUCCUCAACGUUCAUAUCUUCACUACUCGUGCAUGAAACAUUCCUCCUCCUCCACGUUCAUAUCUUCACCACUCUAGCAUGAAACAUUCCUCCUCCACGUUCAUAUCUUCACCACUCUUGCAUGUACAUUCUUCCUUCUCCUCCACGUUCAUAUCUUCACCACUCUUGCAUGAAACAUUCAUCCUCCUCCUCCGCGUUCAUAUCUUCACCACUCUGGCAUGAAACAUUCCUCCUCCUCCACGUUCAUAUCUUCACCACUCUGGCAUGAAAUAUUCCUCCUCCUCCUCCACGUUCAUAUCUUCACCACUCUUGCAUGAAAAAUUCCUAAUCCUCCUCCACGUUCAUAUCUUCACCACUCGUGCAUGAAACAUUCCUCUUCCUCCUCCACGUUCAUAUCUUCACCACUCGUGCAUGAAACAUUCCUCCUCCUCCUCCACGUUCAUGUCUUCACCAAUCUUACAUGAAACAAUCCUCCUCCUCCACGUUCAUGUCUUCACCACUCUUACAAGAAACAUUCCUCCUCCUCCUCCAUGUUCAUAUCUUCACCAAUCUUGCAUGAAACAUUCCUCCUCCUCCAUGUUCAUAUCUUCACCACUCGUGCAUGAAACAUUCCUCCUCCUCCACGUUCAUAUCUUCACCACUCUAGCAGGAAACUUUCCUCCUUGUCCUCCAUGUUCAUAUCUUCACCACUCGUGCAUGAAACAUUUCUCCUCCUCCACGUUCAUAUCUUCACCAAUCUUGCAUGAAACAUUCCUCCUCCUCCUCCAUGUUCAUAUCUUCACCACUCGUGCAUGAAACAUUCCUCCUCCUCCACGUUCAUAUCUUCACCACUCUAGCAGGAAACUUUCCUCCUCCUCCUCCACGUUCAUAUCUUCACCACUCUGGCAUGAAACAUUCUUCCUUCUCCUCCACGUUCAUAUCUUCACCACUCUUGCAUGAAACAUUCUUCCUUCUCCUCCACGUUCAUAUCUUCACCACUCUGGCAUGAAUCAUUCCUCCUUCUCCUCCACGUUCAUAUCUUCACCACUCUUGCAUGAAACAUUCUUCCUUCUCCUCCACGUUCAUAUCUUCACUACUCGUGCAUGAAACAUUCCUCCUCCUCCACUUCCAUAUCUUCACUACUCGUGCAUGAAACAUUCCUUCACCUCCUCCACGUUCAUAUCUUCACCACUCUUGCAUGAAACAUUCCUCCUCCACGUUCAUAUCUUCACCACUCGUGCAUGAAACAUUCCUCCUCCACGUUCAUAUCUUCACCACUCUGGCAUGAAACAUUCCUCCUCCACGUUCAUAUCUUCACCACUCGUGCAUGAAACAUUCCUCCUCCUCCUCCACGUUCAUAUCUUCACCACUCUGGCAUGAAUCAUUCCUCCUUCUCCUCCACGUUCAUAUCUUCACCACUCUUGCAUGAAACAUUCUUCCUUCUCCUCUACGUUCAUAUCUUCACUACUCGUGCAUGAAACAUUCCUCCUCCUCCACGUUCAUAUCUUCACCACUCGUGCAUGAAACAUUCCUUCACCUCCUCCACGUUCAUAUCUUCACCACUCUUGCAUGAAACAUUCCUCCUCCUCCUCCACGUUCAUAUCUUCACCACUCUUACAUGAAACAUUCUUCCUCCUCCUCAACGUUCAUAUCUUCACUACUCGUGCAUGAAACAUUCCUCCUCCUCCACGUUCAUAUCUUCACCACUCGUGCAUGAAACAUUCCUCCUCCUCCUCCACGUUCAUAUCUUCACCACUCUGGCAUGAAACAUUCUUCCUUCUCCUCCACGUUCAUAUCUUCACCACUCGUGCAUGAAACAUUCCUCCUCCACGUUCAUAUCUUCACCACUCGUGCAUGAAACAUUCCUCCUCCUCCUCGUGGCUUUAUUUGAUCAACUCUGAGCACCUACGCCUCAAGAGCCAUCUUCCCCUAAGGGGGGUAAUGCCCCACAAGUUGACCAAUGGGAAUGCCUGAAAUAGAUGAGGUUGUGGUCAUGCCCCACAAGUUGGCCAAUGGGAAUGCCGGAAGUCGAUGAGGUGGGGGUCAUGCCCCACAAGUUGGCCAAUGGGAAUGCCUGAAGGCGAUGAGGUGGGGGUCAUGCCCCACAAGUUGGCCAAUGGGAAUGCCUGAAGUCGAUGAGGUGGGGGUCAUGCCCCACAAGUUGGCCAAUGGGAAUGCCGGAAGUCGAUGAGGUUUUCUUGUUUGUUGUUGUUUGUUUUUUUCUUAGGCUGGUGUUUUCAAAAUUAGACCAGAAACAUUUCACAAGGUUAACCCUUGUGGUUGUUUGUCACUUAUUAUAGUUUCAGAUAUAUAGAUAUAGAUAGAUAUAGAUAUAGAUAGAUCUGGGCCUAGAUUUAUGUAUAUAUGUAUAAACACGUUAUCUUAGUUAAAGUAUUUAUGUAUUAAAAUUAAAUAUAUCUUUUCAUCAAUAAGACUCAAAAUCCAAGAUGUUCCAUAAUUUCAAAAUAAAAACCAAGAACCCAAGACAUCAGGUUGAAACCCCAAGAUUUUUUUUUGGGGGGGGGGACCCCAAGCACUGGCAACCCUGCUUAGUACUAGUACUGUAGCCCUACAUAUGUUGUGACUUGCGUAAUUUUAAAAAAUCCGCUUAAUGCCAUUAUCAUAUUCCAAAUCGAUUGAGUUAACGAAACAAUUACUACCGUUCAAACCAUUUUUCCUUGCAUAAGUUUAUGGCAAAUAUUUUGAAUGAAUGAACUACUAAUUAAAGUGCAAUGUUGUGGACUCGUAGUAUUGACCGUGAUGACGCAAUAGCUAAACUUUACACAGCGGAGGCAAUAUAUUCUCAAAGCCAUCACCAGCGCUUCUACAAACAGUCAAACAGUCUGGUAUAGCUAUCGUGUGUCUGUCAGCGCGUGUUUGUUGCGCACUCCACUAAAAUGUACGACCUAUUUUGAAUGUUUUCUUGAUGAGACCUAAACAUCGUCGAUCACCGCGUUGGUCAAUAGUGACCGAGUCUGAACAAAUAUGUUUAGACAUCUUGUCAAAUUUUAAAUUUUGGUACUCAACUUUAAAAUAGAUGCAUUCUGGUUAAAUGAAAUCAACUAACUCAUCACGUGAGACAUUCCCCCACUCAUUUUUGUUUUAUUACACUGUCCAAAAAAUCUUUGUAGCAUUGGUUCCCAACAUGAGCUCCUAAGGGCUCCACAGCCGCGCCAAGAUAAUAACAACAACAACAAACACUAUCCGAGGAAAUUGUUUCUAAAUAGGGAUCUGCGAGUCCAAAGUUGUUUGGGAUCCAUUGCCUUGAAGCUUCAGACUACCUCUCCCUCUUAAACGCAUUGCUAUUGCGUGGUGGGAGCGUGGGCAACAUUUUAGUUCCAUGUCCUUCCAUUCUAAAGCCAUUCCUCUCUGUCACUUGGCACCAUGUCACAUUGCCUUCGUCAUUGCCCCCCCCCCCAAAAAAAAACAAAAACAAAAAAAAACUUUGACCACUGAUGAAUUGAAAUUACUGAACGGUAGGCGAAGGGUUAAUGGUGAAACUUUCAGUCAUGGCUCGUAAAUUCUGCUGCAGUUAGUAGUAUUUUGUGUACUCUUAUACCUACCUGCUUUGAGCGUGCCCCCCCCCCCUUUUUUUUUUCUUAUGGCAAGGAAUUGUUGAACUGCCUCCAAUUUGUUUAGAUUUAGCAAAAUGUUCAAAAAGUUAUGAACUCUGGUAAAGAAAAUGAACUCUGGUAAAGAAAAUGAACUCUGGUAAAGAGCAUGAACUCUGGUAAAGAGCAUGAACUCUGGUAAAGAGCAUGAACUCUGGUAAAGAGCAUGAACUCUGGUAAAGAGCACCACUGGUAUCAAGCCUUUCUAUUUAUUAUUUUGCUUUUGUAUUCUUACAUCACUUGUGUAGUUCAAUAAUAAUAUCAGGUCAAUUCAGUUUUGAUUUAUUUCAUUUUAUUUAAAAUUGAGCAAUGUUACGUUUAUUUUGAUAAAGCAAGCUGUGGUCUCACAUUAGUUGCUAUAUAUUUGAAAUACUAAUAUAAAUAUCAUAAAGAUUUUAAAUUUUAUAUCGUUUAAAUUUUCAAUUUAGACUUUUCAAUUUAUUAAAUUAACAGCGUAACUUUUUUGACAAUUGUUUGAUCACUUCCGUUUGUAACAAACUGUUUCUCUCCAUCCCACCAAUAACCCCAGGUGCCUUGUAUACUAUGGCGCAUACUAACAGCGUCUGCCGGUGUCAAUCUCGACAAGAUUGUCACCCUGGCCGCAGAGACCGCGUACGUCGCUCCAGACGAUCGAGACAGGACCAUCAAGCACAUAGUCCGGUACAUGGACAGGUGGAUAGAGAACGCUCGAGAGUACAGGUCUGGGUGCUUCAUCCGACUCCGCCAACAGAUCUCCAAAUACUGCUGUAUCGUGUGGGGCAAGCGCUACGGCAACUACCUGGUCACGCUGUACAUGUUCAUCAAGUUGCUUUACCUCGCCAACGCUAUAGGCCAGCUUUUCAUUCUCAACGAGUUCCUCGGCACAAACUUUAACGUCUACGGCUUCGAGGUGAUGGAUCACCUCGCGCGCGGCGAGAGCUGGUCCGAGAGCCCGCGUUUCCCGAGAAUCACGCACUGCUUCUUCAAGAUACGCCAGCUGACCAACGUCCACGACUACACGGUGCAGUGCGUCCUCCCGAUCAAUCUUUUCAACGAAAAGAUCUUCAUCUUCAUCUGGUUCUGGCUGGUCUUCGUGGCCACGCUCAGCACCUUCAACUUUCUCAUCUGGAUCUACACGAUGAUCUUCAGGCAGCAUCGCCUUCGCUACCUCAAGAAAUUUCUCCGAAUCAACGAUUGCUACAAGUCGGAGCUGGAUAAGAAGAUGGCAGUGAAGUUUUGCGAGCAGUAUCUCCGACAGGACGGUAUAUUUGUGCUCCGGUUGGUCGGCAAAAACGCGAAUGACGUUCUGGUGUCGGAGCUGAUCCUUCAGCUCUGGAACCACUACAGGAACAAGCCGUUGUUCAGGCACGCCAAUCAGAUCAGCGACGACAACAGCAACGUCUGA